UCGACGGGCGGCCGGGAACCCGCGCCUUCGCAUACUGACUCCGCACGCUGCCUACGCCGACUUUUCUCCUAGUACGUUUUUUGAAUGCGCGUCGGUAACAGCGGGCACGUGAUACGCCCGCGGCCGCAGCUGUUUUUUUCUCUUUCGCUCGAGUUUGUGACAGCUGAGUGUCGCGCGCGAUCGCGCCCAUUUCCCGCCAAUUCCAGUUGCUCAGGGAAAACUAAAAAGUAAGGCGAGACUAGAAGUUUUUGGCGCGAAAUGUGCGUUUCGCCGGCUCACUCAAAAGGAAUGCUACACAGUGGUAAAUGUUAAGAUGACGGCGCGGUUAUUAGUUUGUGAAGAUUGUUAAGCUGUGAUUGACGGUUCGCAUUAACUUGAUAACUGUUUAGGAAAAGUUUCUUGUAAUAAUGGAUGACUGGGAGCGACAUGUAACUCCACUCCUUCAGGACAUGGGCUGUUCCAGCGAGGACGCUCAAGAUGACUUCUUUAAUCAACAAGAUUUGCUCGUGAGCAACAGCGGGGCGGGCACCGGCGGCGCCGCCACCUCGCCGGAUGGUGGGUCGAGUUCGGCGCCGCCGCUCUCGCCCGGCGGGUCCGGCGUGGCCGGCGGCGCGUUGUCCCCCGGCGCGAACAGCCACGCCAGCACGCCGGCUGCGUCCUGCUGCGACACUCCCCGGCCCAUCAUCACGGAUCCAGUGUCCGGGCAGACGGUGUGCUCCUGCCAGUACGACAAUGCAAGACUAGCCCUGACGUCAUACCCGAGGCUGUCGAGCGCGGCAGUCGGCGUCUACGGCGCGCCCUACCCGUCCACUGAUCAGAACCCAUACCCCAGCAUCGGCGUCGACAGCUCAGCUUUCUACUCGCCACUGAGUAACCCUUACGCGCUGAAGGAAGGCGGCGGCGAGAUGUCUGCGUGGACGUCGGCGGGCCUGCAGCCCUCCGGCGGCUACUACCCCUACGACCCCACUCUCGCGGCCUACGGAUACGGAGCUGGAUACGAUUUAGCUGCCCGGCGGAAAAACGCGACGCGAGAGUCGACCGCAACACUCAAAGCGUGGCUGAACGAGCACAAAAAGAACCCCUACCCCACAAAAGGAGAGAAGAUAAUGCUUGCAAUCAUCACCAAGAUGACACUGACGCAAGUGUCGACGUGGUUUGCCAACGCGCGCCGCCGCCUCAAGAAGGAAAACAAGAUGACAUGGGAGCCGAAGAAUAAAACAGACGACGACGACGACACUAUGCUCUCUGAUGAAGAAAAGGACAAGGAUGAACAAGAUGAAAAAAUUAAGACCCACAAAGAUGAGGAGCGGAAGGGGGACGACAUGCUGCAGGGUAUGCAUCAUCAGCUGCUCGGCUACGGCAUCAAGGAGGAGUCGAAGCGCGGCUCCUCCGACUGCGGCGUGCCGAUCCCCGCGUCCAAGCCCAAGAUUUGGUCCCUGGCGGACACGGCAGCGUGUAAGACGCCGCCGCCGGCUGCGCAGCCUUGGCCCCAGCAUUCGUACGGGCCCGAGCGCGCGGCGGCAUCUGACGGCAGCUCCAAUGGAUUCGCGCUGCCAGCCACGGCGGCGGCUAGUCCAGCCAGCGGCUCGUACGGCCGCUAUGGAGGCUUCCCUGGCGGCCAGUACGGUGGACAGCACCCGUGCGUGCACCCCGCGGCCUUCCCUGACGUGCAGACUGACACGCCGCCUCAAACACCACCGAACAUGAAGGUUCCGAGCGUCGCCAACCCACUGGGCAGCGGUGGCGGCUCCGGCUACUGCUUCCCCCGGCACCAGCAGUCGCCGCAGCGCGACCCCUACCACAACCCCCAUCACGGUGCAAACAGCCAUCAGCCCAACCAGCCCCAUCACAACGAAGGAUCUGCGGCCUUCAAGCCAUUCUAUAAAAGCUCACUACAACACCCCAACGGUUUCGUGUCGGCCGUCUGAAAGCGGACCGCGCGCCACUAGCGGUAAAGUAAGUGAAACCUGGGUCGCUGCACACGCAUCACCAUUAGGAAUUGUCGAAGUCACAGUGGCACAGUGUUUCCGUUCAAUAACAU